AUGACGACUAGGCUGGUCGGCCUGAUAGGCGGCAUGUCCUGGCAAACCACCGCGCUCUACUACCAAACCAUCAACCAACAGGUCGCCGCUCACCUGGGCGGCAUCCACUCUGCCAAUUUGCUCCUCCGCUCUUUGGACUACGCCGACAUCGCCCGCUUCACGACCACCGGGGACUUCGACGGCAUGACCGCGACACUGCUCGCCCACGGCCACGAGCUGAAGCGGGCAGGUGCUCAAGCGAUAGCCCUGUGCGCCAACGUUGCGCACAAGGCCGCCGACACGCUGGCCAAGCAUGUCGACUUGCCGGUGCUACAUAUCGUCGACUUUACCGCCAGGGAGGUUGUCAAAGGCGGAUAUCGAAAGGUCGGGCUGCUCGGCACCAGGGCCGUGAUGGAGGACGACUUCUACACCGCGAAACUGAGAGAGAAGUAUGGGCUGGAGGUGUCGGUGCCCGGGGUGGAUUUCCGGGAACAGGUCGACGGCUUGAUCUUCAACGAGCUGAGUAGAGAGACCAUUGGUCGCGACGUGAGGAGGUGUUUCCACGACGCUUAUGCGAGCUUGGUCCAUGAUCAGCACGUCGAGUGUGUCGUGCUGGCGUGUACCGAGUUCAGACUCGUCUUUGGAGUCGACGACUUUGCCGUCCCGACGUUCGAGACCACAACACUGCACGCCAAGGGGAUUGCGGAAUGGGCGCUUCAGGGUCGGACUUAG